UGGAGUUCGCAUUCUCCCACACAGAUGGGCUCAGUACGCUUAGUCCACUGACCUCCGAUCUGUGUAUGUUUGUAAGCUCGAUGCUGGCCCGAGUCCCGGGUAUGUGAGCGAAUCACUGGACUAGAAUAAAGACACUGAAUAGACAAAGCCUCGCUUUUCUAAACCCGCCUUCCCGGGAGCUUCAUUUUCCCAAGUCCUACCAAACUCCCACCGCAACCCGCAGCUCUCCUCCGGCUCCAGGUCCACAUCUACAGAACAUCCGCACUCAUUCCCAUCAUGAAUUCCCUGUGGACAUAUUUGCUUAUGUUCAAUCUUUGCCUUUUAUUAAUGAUCGCACUGAAAGUGGAGUCAAACUAUCACACAGGUCCUGGAGACAGUGAUGAAGCUGACUACAAGGACCCAUGCAAAGCUGCUGCUUUUCUGGGCGACAUAGCCUUAGAUGAGGAGGACCUGCACUUGCUUAAAGCCAGCUAUAUGGACGUUAAGAAGAAUGACUCUUCUAACUCCUCUAUACCUGAUUCAGCAAACAGAUCCUCAGGUAAUGGCAAUGCAAAGGACGACUCAGUAUUGGCUGGUCGAAGCCUCCUACGCAGACGGAGAGCAGCCACAGCCAGGCCUGAGAGAGUUUGGCCGGAUGGCAUAAUACCAUAUGUUAUUAGUAGCAACUUCAGUGGUAGCCAGCGAGCCAUUUUUAAGCAGGCCAUGCGUCACUGGGAGAAACACACUUGUGUGACAUUCAUUGAAAGAAGCACAGAAGAGAGCUACAUCGUCUUUACUAUCCGGCCAUGUGGGUGCUGCUCAUUUGUCGGGCGGAGAGGUGGAGGUCCACAGGCUAUAUCUAUCGGGAAGAACUGUGACAAGUUUGGCAUCGUGGUGCAUGAACUCGGGCAUGUCAUUGGAUUCUGGCACGAGCACACACGACCCGACCGGGACGAGCAUGUUGAUAUAUUUCGAGAAAACAUCCAGCCAGGUCAGGAGUAUAAUUUCAUAAAGAUGGAGCCAGAUGAUGUGGAUUCGCUUGGAGAGGUUUACGACUUUGACAGUAUCAUGCAUUAUGCCAGAAACACCUUUUCCAGGGGCAUCUAUCUUGAUACCAUGCUGCCAAAGUUUGAAGUUGAUGGAAUCCGACCUCCCAUCGGGCAGCGGACGAGACUGAGCAAAGGGGACAUCGCUCAAACUAGAAAAUUAUAUAAGUGUCCAAGAUGUGGCGAGAGCCUUCAGGACAGCACUGGAAACUUCUCCUCUCCUGGGUUCCCUAAUGGGUAUGCUGCAUAUCUUCACUGUAUAUGGAGGAUAUCGGUCACGCCUGGGGAGAAGAUCAUUCUUAAUUUUACUUCAAUGGAUCUGUACAGAAGUCACUUGUGCUGGUACGACCAUGUGGAGAUUCGUGAUGGAUACUGGAGAAAUGCACCUUUGAAAGGCCGUUUUUGUGGAGACCAGCUACCCGAGGCCAUCGUGUCCACUGACAGUCGACUGUGGAUUGAAUUCAGCAGCAGCAGUAAUUGGGUGGGGAAAGGCUUCUCUGCUGUCUAUGAAGCUAUUUGCGGAGGUGACGUAAGACGAGACAGUGGACAGAUCGAGUCACCCAAUUACCCUGAUGAUUAUCGGCCUAAUAAAGUGUGCACAUGGAAGAUCAUCGUACCCCAGGGGUUUCAUGUGGGCCUCGUCUUCCAGUCGUUUGAGAUCGAGAAACAUGACAACUGUGCGUAUGACUACCUGGAACUGCGAGAUGGCGAUUCCGAGAACAGCCCUCUACUGGGUCACUUCUGUGGCUACGCAAAGCCAGACGAUAUCAAGAGCAGCUCCAACCAGCUGUGGAUGAAGUUUGUAUCUGACGGUUCGGUGAACAAAGCUGGGUUUGCAGCUAAUUUCUUCAAAGAGAUUGACGAAUGCUCCAAACCUGAUAACGGUCACUGUGAGCAGCGCUGUGUCAACACCCUGGGCAGCUACCACUGCGGCUGCGACCCUGGAUACGAGCUGACCCCGGACCGGCGCAGCUGCGCAGCAGCUGCCUGUGGUGGAUUCAUCUCCAAACUCAAUGGCUCCUUCACUAGUCCAGGAUGGCCGCAGGAAUACCCACCUAACAAGAACUGUGUGUGGCAGCUCAUUGCCCCAGUGCAGUACCGCAUCACUCUGCUUUUCGAUGCUUUUGAGAUCGAAGGGAACGAUGUUUGUAAAUAUGAUUACGUUGAAGUACACAGCGGCCUGUCCACAGAUGCAAAGCUUCAUGGGAAAUUCUGUGGCACAGAGAAACCAGAGGCGAUCACGUCCCAACUCAACAGUAUGCGCGUUGAGUUCAAAUCAGACAACACUGUGUCCAAGAGAGGCUUCAAAGCUCAGUUCUUUUCUGACAUGGAUGAGUGUUCUAGGGAGAAUGGAGGUUGCCAGCAUGAGUGUGUGAACACGUUUGGGAGCUACAGCUGUCAGUGUCGGAGCGGCUUUGUGUUGCACAGCAAUAAACAUGACUGCAAAGAAGUGGGCUGUGAUCAGGUAAUUACCAGUGUUUCCAGUAUCAUCACAAGUCCAAACUGGCCAGAUAAAUACCCCAGCAAGAAGGCCUGCACAUGGACCCUAUCCACCACCCCAGGCCACCGCAUUAAACUGGCUUUUGAGGAGAUAGACAUGGAGGCUCAUGAAGGGUGUGCUUAUGACCACUUGGAGAUAUAUGAUGGCCCAAAUGGCAGAGCAACCAGUUUUGGUCGCUUCUGUGGGAGUAAAAAGCCAUCGCCUGUCAUUUCCAGUGGCAAUAGCAUGUUCCUGCGGUUCUUCUCAGAUAACUCGGUACAGAAGAGGGGUUUUAAGGCCUCUCAUUCAGCAGAGUGUGGCGGUAGUCUGAAGGCAGAGAUAAAGACCAAGGAUCUGUAUUCCCACGCACAGUUUGGUGACAACAACUAUCCCGGAGCUUCAGACUGCCAGUGGGUGAUCUCAGCGGAGAAGGGCUACGGGGUGGAGCUCAUCUUCCACACCUUUGAGACUGAGGAGGAAGCUGACUGCGGCUAUGAUUACGUGGAGCUGUUUGAUGGCGCUGAUGUCAAAGCGCCCAGGCUGGGACGUUACUGUGGGUCUGGGCCGCCAGAGGAAAUCUACUCAGCUGGUGAUGCCAUUGUCAUCAAAUUUCACUCAGAUGACACCAUCAACAAGAAAGGUUUCCAUGUUCGGUACACAAGCACCAAGUUCCAGGACACCUUGCACACUAGUAAGUGAGUUCAUCAUGACAGAAGCGCUCUGGAGAACAUAGCAGCCAGGGGCCUCUAAUACCUCCUGCGCACCUGUGUUAGUGAUGCCACCCGAGGCCCCAUGUUCCCUCUCCUCCAGACUGCAAAGAAGACGACAUAGUGGUACCAAACCCCUUCAAAAAGCUGGGAGGACAAGCUUGAUGUAGGGAUAUGGCAACAUAAUUUGUCUUGUCGUAUUUCAAAGGAUCCAUUGAAAACUCAAUAGGAAAUGGAACAUCUGAGUGGCAGAUAUUAUCAGCAUGAAGAGCUUUGUUGACUGCAAGUCAAGGAGGAAGGAUAAAUUAGAUUCAACGUGUCUCUGAUGCACUUUCGCCUCCUAGAGAUCUCUUCAGUUACUCAAAGGCUAGAAUCUAAAAGACUUUUAGAUGAUUCUUUUAUUAUAAAAUGAAAUAAUGAAAUGCACAAUCAUAAUUCUUUAUUGCCACACAUCUAGUUGGUGGUAAUUGAGUUUGGAAAUAUAUAAAAUAUCAUUCAAUGAUAAUUACAAGGAUUGUAUCUUUUGUAAAAAGCAAUUCUAGCACUAUUUCUUACAUGAGAGUUGUACAUGAUUAUUCAGACUACUAGACUUAAAUUAUAUGACAUGAAAUUGUCCACCUGAAGCAAUGAGCUGUAAGACAAAAAUGUUAAUGCGACUAAUAAACAUAUGAGAUGACAUUUAUUUUAUCGUUCUUUUGACUGUGUAUAAAAUGAGCUAGGAUUGAGUGGUAUAUGUGUACACGGAACAAACUUUAUCAGAAAUCUUGGUCUUUCGUAACGACGUGUUUGUAAUGAUUAGUUUAUGGUAGUCCUGAAACUUUAACCUAUUAUAGUCCAAUGUGUAGUAGUGUGCCAACCUGGCUAACAACAAAUUAGUUUGUUUAUGAUUUGUUAAUGUUUUUGUUUCCUAGCUUUCCAUAGCUUAUCAGCAUAACCAUACUAGACAUGUCAAAUCUUAAAAUGUCUUUCAAUCCUCUCUUAAAACUCACUUUUUUAGACUUGCUUUUUUGCUUUUCUUUUAUAUAUACAGGUGCAUCUCA